AUGUUUGUUCAUCCUAGUGCACUUAUGGCUUAUGUUGAUGAGGAUGGUUCAUCGGGCUCUGGUGAUGAUGUCAACAUGCUGGAUGGACACAACAAGCGUCAAUCUGUCACGCCAGGAGGUUCUGGUCGUGGGAAGAGGAGUCGUAAGGCGACUGGUGAUGCCAUUGUGGAUGCUAUGCUGGAAAUUGCUUCUGCUUCCAAAAUGAGGGCGGCUGCUAUUAUGAAGAAUGAGGAUCGGUUUUCUAUAAGCAAAUGCAUUAAAGUAUUGGAUGAGAUGCAAGGUGUUGAUCAACGGAUUUACUUUCUUGCCUUGGAUUUAUUUGAGAAUCCCAAUGCCAGGGAGAUAUUUAUCUCUCUAAAGAGUGAGAAAAGGUUGCCAUGGUUGCAGGGAAAAUGUAGUGCUACCCCUAGUUGA